AUGUCGUCUGCUGGAGGGCGCAUCUGUGCGCUCUGCCUCAAAUUCAAUCUCCAUCAAAAUGCCAUCUCCCAAUUGCGGCCAAUAAUCUCUCGGCGGUCAAAUGCGAUUCCAAUCCGCUCUUUCUCAAAUUCCCAUCUCCGUCUUGCCUUUACACCACCAUCCCCUUCGUCUCUGGGCAAAGCUGCUCCGGCUAAGCAAUACAAAAGAUUAAGGAAAUGGAGUCGACGACUGGUUUACUUGGCGCUCUUCGGGGGCGUCGCAUACACCGUCGAUAACCAGUUCUACGCAUCCAGUCUGACCAGAUCCGCCCGCACCUUCGCCCUCGGGUUGACCGUCGCAUUGGACUACAAGAUCAAUUUCCGAGAGAAUCCUCCCUUUGCCGAUGAUAUCGCAGAAGUCCAUUCGCGCAGUGCAACCAAGCUGUUCCACCUGUUGCGAACCAAUGGCGGGUUAUACUUGAAAAUAGGCCAGGCCAUUGCCAUGCAGUCGGCCAUCUUACCGCCCGAAUUUCAAAAGAUGUUCGCCAAAAUGUUCGAUGACGCUCCUCAAAAUGAUUGGGCGCAGGUUCGACAGGUCAUUAUGGAAGACUUCGGAGGUCGCACCCCAGAAGAGGUCUUUGGAAUAUCCUUCGAGGGCGACCCGGAAGCAGGAGUCAUGGAGAAAAAGGCUAGAGCCAGUGCCAGUGUUGCCCAAGUUCAUUGGGCGCGCCUAAAGGACGGUCGGGAAGUGGCCAUCAAAAUCCAGAAGAAGGAGAUCGCCCAGCAAGUCGGUUGGGAUUUAUGGGCGUUCAAAGUCGUCACAAAAAUUUAUACCUGGUGGUUCGAUUUACCACUAUAUUCUCUGGUUCCAUACAUCACCGAACGUUUGGAGCUCGAGUGUGACUUUCAGAACGAAGCCAGGAACUCGAGAAAAAUGGCCGAGUUUGUCAAGAGCGAGCCACGUCUCCGCGAUCGAGUCUACAUCCCUCAAGUCUAUGAUGAUCUGACUACGAGAAGAGUCAUGACCGCCGAGUGGAUAGAAGGUGUUCGACUGUGGGACAAAGACGCCAUCACUCGCCCAUGGCAUGGUGGUUGGCGGACUGGAAGCCCUGGAAGCCACGGCACGCCUCUCGACCGUUCAAACACCUCCACUACAAAUCUCCCCCCUCCCUCCCCUUCCUCUUAUGACUCCGAAUUAAAACCUGACCGAACAUACUGGAAAGGCUCCAAGGGCGAUGGUGGACUGGGUCUCAACCUCAAAGAAGUCAUGACCACCAUGGUUGACCUCUUUUCCGCCCAGAUGUUUCUCUGGGGUUGGGUUCAUUGCGAUCCGCAUCCUGGCAACAUUUUCAUCCGAAGGCAACCUAAUGGUCGAUCAGAAUUAGUUCUUAUCGACCACGGCCUUUAUAUCCACAUGUCUUCGCAGUUCCGACAACAGUACUCACUCUUCUGGAAAUCCCUCAUGACUUUUGACAACUCAACACUGAAGGAGGUCGUUGCUCAAUGGGGUGUGACAAACCCAGAGAUCUUCGCUUCCGCCACCCUAAUGAAACCCUAUGAAGGUGGUGAUAUGUCAGUCUCCAAACGCAUCCAAGGCAUCUCCGAAGCAGAAAAGAAAAAGAGACAUUAUGAGAUGCAGCAGGCCAUGCGAAAAGGCAUCAAGGAGAUCCUUGGCGACGAGGACAAAUGGCCUCGCGAGCUCAUCUUCAUUGGGCGCAACAUGCGUAUCGUCCAAGGCAAUAAUCAAUUCCUCGGCAGUCCCGUUAACCGAAUCAAAAUCACGGGCAACUGGGCGUCGAGAGCUCUCACCGAAAACAGAGAUUUGUCAUUCUCCGAACGGUGGAAAUUCUACGGCAGUCAUCUCAUGUUCAAGGUCGUUUUGUUCGCUACUGAUGCCUUUUGGUGGUACAGCUGGUUAAAACAGCGGUUCGGCAAGGGAAAGGGUAUGGACGACGAAAUGGAGGAGCAGAUGCGGAAAAUGAUGAAAGAUUAUGGCGUUGAAAUGAACCACAAUGUCUUUGAGGGGUGA